UUGUCGAUUGACCGUCACUAGGCCGCAGUGUUAUUGUAAAACGUCACAUACAAAAUUAUUUUCUAUCAAAUUAGUAUUAAUAUUUGUAUUGUCAGGCUAAAUAAAAAGGUGCCGAAAACAAUAGCUAUAAUUGAUAAUGCAAUCUCUGCGACGGUUUUCAUUAAGUUUAAGAAUAAGAUAUUCAAAGAAGCCAAUAAAGCAGGGUUUAUGUAAAGAAAGAGCGAGAUGUUUUUCUACCGUUGAGAAUCCGCCAGAUUUAAUAACAAGUUCUCAGUUUAAGAUACCAAAAUGUAUUGUUGGACAGCCAACCUGUUACACUCACCCGCACAUGAUAUCGGAGGGUUAUUUAACGUGUGGUAUAACUCAGCAGGAGUACAAGGAAAGGAGAGACACAUUAGUGAACAAGUUAGCAGCUGAAUCCGAACAUGCACACAAAUCGCAUGUUAUUGUAAUUCCAGCCGCUCGUAAGCAGUACAUGUCCGAUAAGAUACCAUAUGUAUUCCGGCAGAACUCUGACUUCUUUUAUUUAACUGGAUGCCUGGAGCCCUCUGCAAUACUCGUCAUGGUCAAGACAGGACUAGGAGAUAAUUACACAAGUGUACUUUUUGUGCAUGAAAAAGAUAGCCAUGCCGAAUUGUGGGAGGGACCUCGUACUGGAUGUGCGGUCGCAGGGUCACUAUUCGCAGUGGACGAAGCACGACCAGUGGAACAUUUUGAUAAUUUUAUUUUAAGAAUAGUCUCUACAACAAAGCCAGCCGUACUCUGGUAUCAGAACGACUGUCCACCGAAUCCAGACAUACACGAGAUCGUCCGCUCGACGCUCCGACAGGGUCACGUGUCGCUGGCCGAUCCUCAGAAAUACCUUCACCAGAUGCGAGUAAUUAAAUCUCCAUCUGAGGUGAAACUGAUGAAGGAGACGUGCUACAUCGGUGCACAGUCGGUUAACCUCGCCAUGGCGUGUACGAAACCCGGCGCCAGCGAGCAGGCGGUGUGCGCGGCGCUGGAGUUCAGCGCUCGCGCGGCGGGCGCGGAGCACGCCGCCUUCCCCGCCGUGGUGGCGGGCGGGCCGCGCGCCGCGCACAUACACUACGUCGCCAACAACCAGCUGCUCGUCGCGGGGGAGCUGCUGCUCGUCGACGCAGGUAGUCAAAGAUGGCUGUACAACUCUGAUAUUUCAAGGACAUGGCCGGUCUCCGGAAAGUUUUCGAAACAUCAACGCAUUUUAUACGAGCUGGUACUCACGGUGCAGAAACGUCUAAUAGAAAUACUCGGUGAACAUCGCCCCCCUCUGGACCAACUGUUCGACCACAUGUGCCGCCUGCUCGGGACACACUUGCAGCAGGAAGGCAUCUUGCCGCGGAAGAUUGACUCUAACGAACUUAUCGGGAAAGCGUACCGCCUGUGUCCGCACCACGUGUCGCACUACCUGGGGCUGGACGUGCACGACUCGCCGCUCGUGCGUCGCCGCGUGCCCGUGCAGAGCGGCAUGGUGGUCACCGUCGAGCCAGGUAUCUACAUCCGCCCUGACGACACUUCCGUACCCGAAGAGUUCCGAGGCGUUGGCAUCAGGAUAGAGGACGACGUUCUCAUCACGGACGGCGACCCGCUCGUACUCACGGACACUUGUGUGAAAGAGGUCGAAGACAUAGAGAAUAUUGUUGGCAAACAAAAUAUUUGAUCGAUUUUUAAUCGUAUUUGGCAAUAACAAUUAAUUUCCCCCAUCAGUGUUUAUGUAAACUUCCAUUUUUAAGUGUAAAAAUACAAAAAUAAAUUUUCACUUGACCACGAGUAACAUAUAAAUGAUUGAUAAUGUAUUACGUAUUUUUAAAGUUAUUAGUAAAUUUUAUUAAUAGUUUCUGUAUAAAAAUAUCUUAACCUGUACGUUAAAUAAAUGCCUAA